AUGCGUCAUCAACCUAAGGUGCACUAUGGACUGAACACCGAAUGGUUAUUGACUGGCGGCCUGCACCAAGUCCCGAUGUCAGCGAAGAACGCAUGGUUGGCUCUUGUCAUCAUCUUUUGGGUCCUGUACGGGCUUGGCUUGGCUCUACUGCCACGCCAAUACAAGCAAGAAGGGGAAGCCAGACACAAUUCCCGAAAACUAGAAGGCGAAGAGAGUGUUGCCCUGCAGGAGUCCCCUCGUAGGAACUGA